CUAUUAGAAAUGGAAUCUAAAAAUUUUUGGGAGAAUUAUAAAAAAAUUAAAUUGGAGGAAGAAGGGUGUAAAGGUAAAAUAAAGAUUGCCAGCCUUUUGCUUUAGGUAUCUUGCCAAGCUGUGCAAAAAGCCAGUGGACGCCACGUUCAUUUAGUAAACUAGUAAAGUUAGAUACAUAUUUAAUUUUUUAAUUUUUAAUUUUGAAAACAAGUAAAGAGAGAUAUACAAUAUAUUGGUUGGCUACUUUCUAAAUUAGGACCGGAAAAACCUCUUAGCCUAUUAAUUCCACACAAUAUCGACUUAGAUUGUGAUUUCAUUUCUUUUUUUUCAUUCUUAUCCCACUAAUGGCAAUGAGAAAAUAAUACAAUAAAAAGAAACGAAAAAAACCCUUUCAAAUAUGAUGGAAACCCCUUCUCUUUCUUGUUCAAUUCUUGAUCUCUGCUGAAUUUGUGUUAGAAGGGGAGAGAAGGUUUUUCGGGCCGGGCCAUUGAUUUGUUUCGGUUAUCGAAACCGCAACAAGAACAACAACCCGAAAACGAAAACGAAAGAAAGAAGAAGAGUUUGAAACAAUCAGAUUUUGAAAAAAAUGUUGCAGAGAGCUGCAAGCAAUGCAUAUUCGUGGUGGUGGGCUAGCCACAUUCGGACGAAGCAGUCGAAAUGGCUCGAACAGAGCCUUCAAGGUACUUUAAUAUUGUCUUCUUCUUUUUCAUUACAUUGCUUGCUGUAAGAGAUUUUGGUUGAUUAUUUUUCAGGUUUUUUAUGUGUUAAAUCAUUUCGUCGGGAUUUUUGCCAGUUCACAUUUGAUCUUUCAUAUCGUUUAUUUAGUUGAGAAUGUAUCUUUUACGCCAUUGAUUCACGGCGUUAUUUAUCGUAGAUUCUUUAGCCUGAAAUUUCUAUUACUAAGUUUCGUAAAACACGAGGAAAAGGCGAAAAAAUUGCAGAAUACAUAGUGCAUUUGCUGAUAUUGUGCAAAAACUUUUACUUGAUCAUUGUUCUGCAGUCUUGGUGAUAUAGAAUCUUCAUUUUCCUUUGUUGCUUUAACCGAUAAUAAUACGUAGUUAAACCAAUUUUGCCACGAAAACGAAUCAUUGCUCGUGUUUCUUGAUUUGUGAGAAAUGGUCAUUUAUGUUGACAAAGUUAAUGAAUUUCAUGUGUUUGUACUAAAUAUAUGUUUUUUGAUUGGAUGAGUAUAGAUGCAACUUGCAUGAUAAAUGAUAAAUCAUCGGAAAAUUCGACAUAUUCAAGGACUAUAUUUUAUGAAACUACAAACUCUUUUCGCAUGUAUAGAUAUGGAAGACAAAGUGAAAAGCAUGCUCACACUAAUUCAAGAAGACGGAGACUCGUUCGCCAAGAGAGCCGAAAUGUACUACAAGAGAAGGCCCGAGCUUAUACUCUCAGUCGAAGAAGCUUACAAAGCUUUUCGAGCCUUGGCAGAUAGAUACGAUCUUCUAUCCAAAGAAUUACAAAACGCCAAUCACACAAUCGCAACUGUAUUUCCCGAACAAGUCCAGUUCGAUAUUUCCGAGGUAGACGAAGAUUACGUGGGUCCCCCUCCACCAAAUAUUAUUCCCUCAAAAACCCAGCAGAUUCCGGAAGUUCCCAAGAAAGCCCCGAAUAAAAAUCUAAAAAGAAUCAUAGCCAAAGCUUCGAAGGAGAUCAAAGACAAAAAGAAAGCAGCGGAGAGCGAGCAGAAAUCGGGUUUGACUAAAGAAGAAGCGCUUGAAGAAAUCAACAAGAUUCAAAAGGAUAUUCUAGCAUUGCAGACGGUUAAAGAGUUCGUUAAAAGCUCGUACGAAAACGGGGUGGCGAAAUAUUGGGGGAUCGAGAGCCAAAUUACGGAAAUGCAGAAGAAGGUGUCGAAACUCCAAGACGAAUUCGAUAUGGAUGUGGUUAUUGAAGACGAUGAAGCUAGGAGAUUAAUGGCUGAGGCGGCGCUUAAAUCAUGUCAAGAAACCUUAAUUCUGCUGCAAGAGAAACAAGAGAAGUCGACUAGAGAGGCGAAAGAGGAGUACAAGCGGAUCGAAGCUGCAUGUCAGCGUUUGCAGACGCUCAAGCAGAAGUACAUGCAAGAACAACAACAAACAACCUACGUCGAAAACAACGAAUCGCAGAAAGACGUGAUCGAGUUGAUUCUAGAAACGAAGGAGAUCGAGGGUCUAAACGGGCCAGCUCAAGAAAGCUGCGAUUUGGGCUCGAACGCCCCUUUGUCCGUGUCCCAGUUGGCGGAGAAGAUCGAUCAGUUGGUCAAUAAGGUGAUCGGUUUGGAAACUGCUGUCUCGUCACAGACAGUUCUUGUCAGCACGUUGAAGACGGAAACCGACGAUUUGAACAACCAGAUUCGGAAUUUGGAGGAGGAGAAGGAGAAUCUUGUGGACGAUACGCAGGUAUUAAGCACGAGGGUGAGGGAAAUGGAAGGCAGAUUGAACAAGAUUCAAGAUUUGAACAAGAACGUCGAAAGCCGAAGCAGUAAUCUGCAAACGAACUUUGCCGAGGCUCGUUCGAAUCUCGACCGCUUGUCUGAAAAACUAACUAGCGUAAAGCCGGACGAAGAGAUAGAGGAGGUUAUCAAAGCUAAAGAAGAUGUGCAAAUUUUAAGCGCGAGUGAUAAAAAACCGGGUGCCGUUUUGAAAACAGAGGCGACCGAGGAAGUGAAGGAAGUGGAUAAAAACGUCAAGGUUUGUGAUUUAUCUGUGCCUGAACAAGGAAUGGUUCAAAGAGGGUUCAGAAAAUCGAUUACGUUUAUGGAUAGAAAACCGAAGGAGGCGACGAACGCGGAGAAAGAGGACGACGUAAACUGGCAAAUGAUGCUCUUAAGUGGAAUGGAGGAUAAAGAGAAGGUUCUACUGAAAGAGUACACAACAAUUCUAAGGAAUUAUAAAGAGGUUAAGAAGAAGCUUACAGAUAUGGAGAAGAAGGAGAAAGACAGCCAAUUCGACACGGUGCUGCAAAUCCGAGAUCUGAAACGAGGCAUGUCGAGAAAAGACGAAGAAAUUCAGAACCUGAAACAGAGGUUAAACUUUCAGGGAGGAGGAGAUAUUAAUUUAAUGAAUGAACAUAACAAUCCAGUUGCAAAUGAAGAUGAUGAAGAAGAGAUUAAAUUGAUUUUCAUCGACAGAACGCCGUCGAUUUCUAGGGUUGAGGAGAAGUUACGAACCGAUAUCGAUGCGAUUCUGGACGAAAACCUGGAUUUCUGGUUGAGGUUCAGCUCGGCAUUUCAUCAAAUACAAAAGUUCAAAACGGAGGCGCAGGAUCUGCAGGACGAGAUCUCGAAGAUCAGGGAGAAGAGGAAGCCCGACGGAUCCAUGGCGGCCCAGGCGAAAUCGGAGGCCCGGCCCGUUUACAAGCACCUGCGGGAGAUACAGAGGGAGCUCGGCGCGUGGCUGGAUCAGAGCGCGUCGCUGAAGGACGAGCUGAAGCGGCGGAACUCGUCGCUGUGCGGGAUCCAGGAGGAGAUCGCGGCGGCGCUGAGGGAGGGGGUGGAGGGGGACGCGAUCGGGUUCAGCAGCCACCAGGCGGCGAAGUUUCAGGGGGAGACGCUGAGCAUGAAGCAGGAGAACAGCAAGGUGAGGGAGGAGCUGCAGGCGGGUCUGGACCACGCGCGGGUGCUGCAGGUGGAUAUCGAGAAGACGCUGAGGAGUCUGGACGAGGAGUUCGGGAUCUCCGGCGGCGGACAGUCGGAGAAUUUGAGCCGGCCUAGGGUUCCGCUGCGGUCGUUUUUGUUCGGGACGAAGGUGAAGAAACCGAAGCAGUCGAUAUUCGCGUGUAUGCAUCCGAGUAGAAGGUACCAGAUACUCAAAGCUGGAAUUCGUCUCUCCAAAAUCAAUUGAUGCUUGCUCUGAAUCGAAUCGAAUCUUUUUCUGUAAAAAAUCGACAUUUUUUCUUCUUCUUCUUCUGAAGCAGGGAUAGCUUGAUUGUGAGCUGAGAUUCCUGUAGAUUGUAGAGAAUUGCUUCUUCUUCUUCUU